AUUCAAAAAUAUUCUUUCCCCCUUCACUUUCAUAUUCGUCUUAUCUCACUCAAGAUGCUUAAACAUAAUUCGCAAUUAUAUUUAUCCAUAUCAAUUGACCUUUCUACAUUAGUGAUUGUCUUUUAUUGUUAGAAAAAGUUGAUGUAAUAAACAUGUGGAAGUAUGUGCUUUUCAUUUUUAAUCUUCUUUUGGCAGUAACAGUUCAAAGUGAUCUUAGAUUCAGAAGACAAAGUGAUAUUAAUAAUUUUAUAAUAGAAACGUUUAAUAAUUGUAAUUGUGUGAAUUAUUACCAGUGCGACUCAAAUAAUGAAAUCGUCACCGACGGCGAGGGUUUAUUAGAGCCGAGGCUCAAGGACAUCAACGAAGAAUCUCAAAACAAUACCAGAAUUAUAUGUAAAGGCGGAAAAUUCGAAGGCGAAAUAGUUUGCUGUAAGCUUAAUGAUAACAAUAGAACUGAGAGUAUAGAUUUUAAAAAUAGUACAAAUAGAAUUUCUACAGAAAAACCAAUUCACGAAUGUGGUGCACAAAGAACUCAAAUCAACGUAAGAAUUAUAGUCGAUAAAGAGGAUAACAAUGAUAUAAUUCCUAUUGGCGGAGAAUUCCCUUGGAUAGCAGCUAUAUAUGAAAAAGACAAUGCGGGCAAAUGGGUUUUUUAUUGCAGCGGGGCGUUAAUACAUCCUAAAGUUAUUUUGACAGCUAAUCAUUACUUUCAUAGAAAAAAUGCAAUUGACUAUAAAGUAGUUGUAACUGGAGACGUGGAACUGAGCUCUAUUGGAAAAGAUGUCAAUAAUGAAAGAAAUAUAGUGGAGAUUGUGAAUCACCCCAAAUUUUACUCAGGUGGCUUGUACAACGAUGGAUCUUUAUUAUUUCUAGAUAAACCAUUCGAUAUCUCCAAAACCAAUUCUAUAAAUACGAUUUGCCUACCUCCUGAUAAUCUAGAAAUGGAUAGUGGUAGUUGUUUAACUGCUGGAUGGGGUAAAGGAUCAAUUAUCGACGGGGUCCAAGUACUUAAAAAAGUAGCUUUACCACUGGUUCCUCGUAUUCAAUGCCAAGAACAACUUCGACAAACCAGAUUGGGUACGAAAUUCAACCUUCAUGAUUCGUUCAUCUGUGCGGGUGGCGAAAAAGGCAAAGAUGCUUGCAGGGGAGAUGGGGGAAGUCCGUUAAUGUGUUUGCUACCCGGCGAAAGAAGAUACUUUCAUAUGGGCAUAGUGUCUUGGGGUGUUGGAUGUGGUGAUGAAAAUGUUCCAGGUAUAUAUACCAAUGUUAUUAAAAUUAAAUCUUGGAUCAUAGAAGAGCUACAAAAGAAAGAUAUUAAUGUAUAAUAAGUGUUAACUAAUAUUAUCUAGUAUUAUUUGGAAUGGAAGGAAGCUUUAGUUUGUAUUCAAUAAAAUCUAAAAACAAGAAA